UAAUGGAUUUAGAAAUAGUAAUAAAUUAUGAGCAAAAUCAACAAGUAGUGAAUGAUUUAUGUGAGUCAUUUGAUGAGUUAGAAGAUUAAAAUGAAAAAUAUCAUUUAUAUAUGAAUCGUGGAUCUAGAAGGGAAAUGCUUGACAGAGUAACAUUUAACAAUUAAUUAUUCUUAGUAUUAAGUUUUGAAUAAUCAUUAUGCAAUUUUUGAUGGCCAUGGCUCCUCUCAUGUUGUCGAUUACUUAUAGCAGAAUUUGUUAUAAAGAUUACAAAAUGAAAUGUCAGAUGAGGAAUAUAAAAAAGGUAUUGUAUAUUAUCUAAUUUUUGUAGUGUUUAGUGAUAUUGAUAACAAUUUAACUUAAUACAUGUAAUCUGGGUCGGUUGCUAUAUUAUUGUCUAUUUAAAAUAAAACUGUUACAAUAACAAAUCUAGGAGAUUCUAAAGCUAUUGUAUUUCGAGAAAAUUCAUUUAAAUAAUUAAAUUCUAUUCAUAUCCCCUAAUCUAAAGAAGAAAAUUAGAGAAUACUUAAAUAAGGAGGGUAUAAUUAUUAUUUCUAUUUAUUUAGUUUAAUUACAAAGAGACAAAACAUAUGUCGAGUAUCAGGAUCAUUAACUGUUACAAGAUCAUUUGGAGAUUUUCAUCUAAAAAAAUACAUCAUUAGUGAACCAGAAAUCUUCAAAUACUAAAUCUAACAAGGUGAUAAAUUCAUAGUUAUGGCUAGUGAUGGUUUUUGGGAUGUAAAUAAUUUGUAUUUAUUUUAGGAACUUUCGGAAUAAGAAGUUUUAUAGAUCAUUCAGAAACUUGAUCAAAACAAGAAUUUAGCAAAAUAGUUAUAUCAAGCAAUAUCAAGUGAUUAUAUAAGAGACAAUGUAACUAUAAUGGUAUUCCCAUUAUGA